UGUGCGCGCAGCGACCAUGGCGAGGCUGAGGCAGCGGCGCGCGACGGCGAAUAAUUGCGCGCGGAGCGUCGCCGCGCGGCUGCUGCUGCUAGGCUUCCUUUGCGUCUCGGCUGCCGCCGCCGGCUCCUUAGAGCUCACCAUUCUGCACACCAACGACGUCCACGCGCGGGUGGAGCAGACCAGCCGCGACUCGGGCAAGUGCACCGGGCAGGACUGCUACGGCGGGGUCGCGCGCAGGGCCACCCAGAUCCGGCGGGUCCGCGCCAAUCACCGCAACGUGCUGCUCCUCGACGCCGGCGACCAGUACCAGGGCACGGUCUGGUUCAACUACUUCAAAGGCAAGGAGGUGCCGACCUUCAUGAACCUCCUCGGCUACGACGCAAUGGCACUGGGAAACCAUGAAUUUGAUAAUGGUGUGGAUGGAUUACUGGACCCACUACUUAAAAAUGUAAAUUUUUCCAUUGUGAGUGCAAACAUUAAAGCAAAGAAGCGAGUGGCGAGUAAGAUCACAGGAUAUUUUCUUCCUUAUAAAAUUCUGAAUGUUGGUUCAGAAAAAGUGGGAAUUGUGGGCUAUACCACAAAGGAGACCCCUGUCCUUUCAAAUCCAGGACAGGAUCUACUGUUUGAAGAUGAAAUUGAAGCACUGCAGCCACAAGUGGACAAACUUACUACAUUGGGAGUGAACAAGAUCAUUGCUCUUGGCCAUUCUGGUUUUGCUGUGGACAAAAGUAUUGCUCAGAAAGUGAGAGGUGUGGAUGUUGUGGUUGGAGGACACACAAACACAUUUCUUUAUACAGGCACUCCACCUUCAAAUGAUUUACCAGCCGGUGAUUAUCCAUUUAUGGUGAAGUCAGAUGAUGGCCGCCAAGUGCCAGUUGUUCAAGCGUAUGCUUUUGGCAAAUACCUUGGCUACUUGAAUGUUACAUUUGAUGAUCAAGGAAAUGUCAUUAAGGCAUCUGGAAACCCUAUCCUACUAGACAGCAAUAUCCCUGAAGAUCCAACUGUCAAAGCAGAAGUUGAACAGCUACAAGUCCAGCUAAAGAAUUUUUCUUCCUUGGAGAUAGGGAAGACUAUUGUUUACCUAAAUGGAACAAGUGAAGCAUGUCGUGUUCAAGAGUGCAACAUGGGGAAUUUGAUUUGUGAUGCUGUGGUUUACAAUAACUUGAGACAUCCAGAUGAUAAUCAAUGGAAUCAUGUUUCGAUGUGCAUCUUAAAUGGUGGUGGAAUACGGGCACCCAUUGAUGAACGAAGCAAUAAUGGAACCAUUACUUUGGAAGAACUGCUAGCUGUACUGCCCUUCGGGGGCACUUUUGAUUUACUACAAAUCAAAGGCUCAACUCUGCAAGAAGCAUUUGAGCACAGCGUUCACAGACAUGGGACAGGGACAGGAGAACUGCUACAGGUCUCAGGCAUACAAGUGGUCUAUGAUCUCUCCAAAAGUCCAGGGAGCAGAGUGGUCAGUAUAAAUGUUCUUUGCACAGAGUGUAGAGUACCAGUCUAUGUACCACUCCAAAUGGAAAAAACAUACAAAGUGCUUUUACCUUCUUUCCUUGCUGGAGGAGGAGAUGGAUAUCACAUGCUAAAGGGAAGCUCAAAUAACCAUAGUAGUGGUGACCUUGAUGUCGCGAUUGUAUCCAACUAUAUCAACAGAAUGGGAAGGGUAUUUCCAGCAGUUGAUGGUCGUGUGAAGUUUUCUGCUGGAAUUGUAUUCCAAGGACAUCUUUCUUUGAUUUCUGGAUUAUUUGUUACACUUCUCUACUUUAUUUUCUAAUUCUUCACUUGCUUUGAGGACACUAGAAUUCUCCCAUGUUCUAGCAAGUUGUUUACACAUAAAUACAAUCCAAGGCCUCAACAGAUUUCAAAGAUUCUCUUGACUGAAUAUGUGAAUUACUACUACUACUGGCAUGGCUGGAAAGAGCAUGAUCAUGUUGUCUUCAGGUUGUGUAUGUACAAUGAUUGUACCAUGUUAUAUUUAUGUAUAUAACACCUAUGUAUAUAGACCUAUACAUCUGAUUUUAGAAAGUUAAACUAAACUAAAAAUACAAUCUGUCCAUUCUCUCUUCCUGGUGUGGGAGUACUGCCAAGUAUUAGCUACACCUACUUUGGAGGAAGUUAGGUGGUAUUCCAAAAUGUACACCUGCAUGUUGUUACCUCUGUCUUCUAGCUGACUUAGGUAGGAGAAAGAAAAUAACUCCCCUAACACAAGGGAAACUGAAUGGACAAGUGUGAGCCAAGAUUUCUACAUGAGAAUCAGCCACUGUUUCACCCAAUAGAUUAAUCCAAAAUAGAAGAAUCAGAAAAAGCAUCUUUGGAUAGUCAAUGGGUAGAUUACCUGCUGCAACAUGGGAUAGUGUUUGAAUAGGAGCAAAACUUGGGAAACUGAUUGAAAGGUGGACGGGAUGUUUAUACUAGUUUUUUCCUCCUUUUGAUCAGGUGAAAUUUGUCUUUUUGUUUGUUUAUAUGUACAUUCCUGUGACUUAAUACAUUGUGCGACAUCCUUGAA